AUGGACGAUAAUAGGAAGGAGAAGAAGGUUUGCGUUGUAGGAUCCGGAAACCAGGGAACAGCGUUGGCAGCGAUCAUCGCUGCGAACUGCAUCAAAUUGAGCGGAUACCAGAACGAGGUUAACAUGUACGUCUACGAGGAAGAAAUCGAUGGGAAAAAGUUGACAGAGAUUAUCAACGAAACUCACGAGAACGUGAAAUACUUACCGGGGAAGACUUUAGGCAGUGUCGUCGCCAUAGCGGAUCUUGUAACAGCAGCCAAGGAAGCUGACUUUAUAGUUUUCGCCGUCCCUCACAAUCAGAUAAAGACUGUAUGUGCUGCGCUUCUGGGCAAGAUCAAGAAGUCUGCUUUUGGAGUCGUCGCGAUUAAAGGUUUCGUCUUGACAGACAACAACACAUUAGAGCCGGCCUCUAAAGUUAUCAGCAAUCUUUUGAAGAUCCAAACUUGUGUUUUAACCGGGUUUGCUUUUCCCAACGAAGUCGUUUCGGGGAAGCUAUGUGAAACGACGAUCGGCUGCAAAUCUAAAGCAAUGGGUGUGGUCUUAUCUGAUUUGUUACAAUCGGAGACUCUCAGUGUGGUGUUGAUGGAGGAUGUAGACGUUGUGGAAGUUCUUGCGACUCUGAGGACUCUGGUAGGAUGUGCUGCCGGAUUUGUCGACGGGCUUGGACAGAAAUACAACUGGAAAGCAGCUAUAUUCAGAAUAGGGUUGAUAGAGAUGGUUAAGUUUUUAGAUUUGUUUUAUCCUCACAUAAAGCUCUCUUCUGUGUUUGAAAGUAGCAGUAUAGCGGAUCUCCUGGUCUCGUGCUACUACGGUCAGGAACGUCGGGUGUCCGAGGGGAUGGCCAGGACAGGGAUGACCCUGGGGGAGGCGGAGCGCCACCUCCUGGACGGACGGGGACUAGGAGGCGCCCGGGUGGCAAGGGACGUCUAUCAUUUCCUGAGGCAUCGGGAAGUUGAGGAGUUCUUCCCUCUGUUCACAGCUGUACACAGGGUGUUCACAGGGGAGUUGAGACCGAAGGAGUUCCUGAUGUGCAUCCACAGUCAUCCGGAGCACGGUCUUCGUCUGCAAAGGAUUGUCUGGUGA